UUCAUUGUCAACGCUCACCUUGGCGCCCUUCUCUCCCAUCUGCCGUUCCUUUUCACUGCUUCGCCGCUUCCGCUUUGAUUCUCGCUUUCCAGGAAUCGCUUUCAGCUGCUACAGAGACUACUUUCUCUCUUUCUCUUCCUCUAUUGAUUUCGGUUUCUCUCUCUUCUGCUCGCCGGCCGGUCGACGGGAGUGUAAGAGUGGGUUUGUUCUUACUUCGGCAGUGAGUGGCGUUUCGAUUGUGGAGUUAUGGUGAGGAAACAUGGAUGGCAACUGCCUGCUCAUACUUUUCAGGUCGUUGCAAUCACAGUGUUUUGUUUACUGGUCGUGGCAUUUUAUGCUUUCUUUGCUCCCUUCCUCGGUGGCCAUGUCUGGGAGUACAUAUUGGUUGGCGUUUAUUCACCAGUGGCUCUCCUUGUGUUCACUCUUUAUGUGAGAUGCACUGCAAUUAAUCCAGCUGACCCUGGUAUUAUGUCUAAAUUUGAUAAUCGGGUUACAAACCCCAACAAUAAUCAAGGGUUAUCACUGAAGGGUCUACCACAAAAUUUAGAUGAAAUUGUCAAUGGCAGACAUUCGUCUGCAUCAUCACCUUCCAGAAGUUCCAUAUCAGGGGCUAAUACGAGUAGGAAAGGUUCGGUAGGAGAAGUUGGCGGAGCAGACAAACCAGUGGAACAACCAACAGUUCGCAGUGCUGAUAAAAUUGGACUAAUUUGUUGCGCAUUAUUUGUACACGAAGAUUGUCGAAAAAGGGAUGGAGGGGCAGACCCUCAAAGUGCUGCCGAGGAUGCUUUAUUUUGCACAUUGUGCAAUGCUGAGGUGCGGAAGUUCAGCAAACAUUGUAGAAGUUGUGAUAAAUGUGUUGAUGGUUUUGAUCACCAUUGCCGGUGGCUCAAUAACUGUGUGGGGCAGAAAAACUAUAUCACAUUUAUCUCUCUUAUGGCAGUAAGUCUUGUUUGGCUCGUUGUUGAAGCUGGAAUUGGUAUUGCUGUUUUAGUGCGUUGCUUCGUUAAUAAAAGAGGCAUGGAAACUGAAAUUAUCGAUCGACUUGGAAAUGGCUUUUCUCGUGCCCCGUUUGCGACAGUUGUGGCGAUAUGUACUGCAGUUUCCAUGCUGGCCUGUAUCCCUUUGGGCGAACUUUUCUUUUUCCACAUGAUAUUAAUUAAAAAGGGUAUUACAACCUAUGAAUAUGUCAUAGCGAUGAGGGCUACAAGUGAGGCCCCUGCUGGAGCUUCUGUUGACGAGGAAUUGCCAAACAUUAUGUACUCUCCAUCAGGAUCUGCUACCACUGGUUUGAGUGGUGGAAGUUCUCUUGGUUUACAAUACAAGGGGGCAUGGUGUACGCCUCCAAGAGUUUUUGUUGAUUAUCAGGAUGAAGUGGUGCCUCACUUGGAGCCAGGAAUGGUCCCAUCUACUGUUGACCCAGAUGCAGCAGGAGCUUCAGAAAGAGGGCCAAAAGCACCCAAAAGAGCCGUUCGUCUUAGUGCUUGGAAACUUGCAAAACUGGAUUCUAAUGAGGCCAUGAAGGCUGCUGCCAAAGCUAGAGCAUCAUCAUCUGUUCUGAGGCCUCUUGAUAACCGCCGUUUCCCAGAUACGGAAUUGAGCUCCAGCGGAAACCUAAGUGUUAGAAGUAGUGUGAGCACUGACACUGGUGCAAACAAAGAGAUUAAAAAUGAUCUUAGGCUCUCUCCCAUAAGAAAUUCCUUGGCUCCGAGUCAAGCUAGUCAGGAUGAUUAUGAAACUGGAACACAGAGCAUGAGUAGCUUCAGUAGUCCAAGCCAUGUGCAUGAAACAGUCACCCUCAGUCCUCUCCCACAUGGUAAUGGUCUGGGUCUGGGUCGUUUUAGUGCUGCUUCAUCAAUUCCCAGCCUAUUUCCUGAACGCCCAUAUUCUUCCAAGCCAUCCUACCCUGUUGUCACUGACCCAAGAUCUCAUACUUCUGGGUUUGACGAUAAGGUUGCUCAGAGGGGAAACACUACUGAUCCAUUAUUGCUUUCAGCCCCUACUUCUCUUCUCAGAGAUGUCAGGAAGACAUCUGUUGUCUGGGACCAAGAAGCUGGGAGGUAUGUCUCAGUUCCUGUUUCAGCUUCAGAAGCCCGUCCUUCUAGAUCGUCUGUGCAGAUAGGUUUGCCGAAUUUAAAUGGCGAAACAAGCAACAACACUAGAAAGCCAGUUAAUCCAUUGCAACCUGCAUCAUCUUCCAACACAAAAGCUCCAUUGCAGCAAGCAGAGAAGUUAAUGUACACAGGAGAUUCCAUUUUCUUCGGUGGUCCUCUACUGAACAUCUCUUCUCGAGAUAGUCUGAGAAACGAAAGGGUCUCGACUUCGAGAGAAAGCCAAGACAGAAUGACGAUUACUCUAUCCCGUGAGUCCAGAUUCAAAAGGGACUCGGCUUCAAACCAACUCCCUGUUUUUGUCCCUGGUGGUUAUGAGCAAAGCCGACCAUCCGGUUCUCGUUUAAGGUAGGUAGUUUGGUUGGUCAAUCCUGAAGCAUAUGAUUUGGCUGCCUGAAAGGAGGUGUAAUUAGAAAACAUUCUCCCAUCAGCAAGUUGGAAAAAGAAGCCAAAAGGACGGAAUCAAUUCUUGGCUCCGAAAUCUUGCAACCUGACAUUGUUUGCAAGCUCAAUUGGUCGGUACAUGUGAGGUAGUUUCCUCAAGAAUGCAUUUUGAUUAACACGGAUUUAGGUGUAAUCUGUAAUUGAGGUGGGAAUCACUCCUUUUCUCCAUCUCAAAAUUGUAGCCAAAAGGAUAUUCCUAGUUUUUAAUUCUUAGCCUCUGAACUUCAUUGAGGCAAUCCAUGGAAUUAUUAUCCAGUUCACUUCCCCAGUAUUUUUUUCUAAUCAUUAAUUGACACCAUCAUUUUCCAGUC